UGACCUUGAUUUUUCUUGAAGUUAGCGAGCAACGUUCCGAGAGAGAGAAGACAGAGAGAAUAGAGAGAGACCUUAAUUUCCAAAGUAAAGCUCCAAUGGCGAACUCGGAUGCCGGAACGAGUAGCAGCAAUGCAAGAGGAGGUCAGUAUCAAGUGUUCUUGAAUUUCCAUGGUCAAGAUACUCGAGAUGGAUUCACCGACUUCCUUUAUCAAGACUUGGUAGAGAAUUGUAUUCAUGUCUUCAUAGAUGAUGAAGAACUUCGAGUCGGCGAAGAAAUUGGUGGAGAGCUCCUGCGAGCAAUCGACAACUCCCUGAUCUAUAUACCCAUCUUCUCAAGAAAUUAUGCUAGUAGCAAAUGGUGUCUCCGUGAGCUCGCAAGGAUGGUAGACAACACAUCCAAGUCAGAGGAGAAAAAAAUCCUACCCGUUUUUUACGAUGUGAAGCCAGAUGAUGUUGCCCUUAAAACCCCAUUAUACAAAACGGCCAUAGAGGAGCAUAAGAAGGAGCACGAGAAGAAGCAGGAGGAGAAGUCUCCUCACGAAGUAGAAUCCUGGGAGGGAGAAUCCUGGGAGGAGGUUCUUAAGAAGGUCGAUAAAAUCAAGGGCUGGGCGCUGCCACAAUGCAAAAGCAAAGCGGUACUUAUGAAGUCGGCAGUUAAAGAGGUUUUGUAUAGUCUGAAGAGAAAACAUAAGAUUGUGACUAAAGAUUUAGUUGGACUUGAUGAUCGAGUGGCAGAAAUACUGGAAUUGUUAGAUGUUAAUUGUAAUGAUGAAGUGAGGCUGCUUAAACUUCAUGGAAUGGGGGGUAUCGGUAAAACCACUCUAGCCGGGGUCGUCUACAAUGAACUUUCUUCUCGCUUUGGAAAAUGUUGUGCCUUCCUUGACAAUAUUCGAGAAACGUCAGAGAAGGAGGGUUUAGUUUGGUUGCAGAAGAAGCUACUAACAGAAAUUGCUAGUUCUAGCUCUGCAGAAAUUAUUGGUGGAGUUGCUCACGGAAGGAAGAGGAUAGAGGAAACAAUUGCCAAUAAGAAGGUUCUAAUUGUUCUUGAUGACGUUGAUGAGAAACAACAAAUCGAAAAUCUAAUUGGACAACAUUGGUUGCUGCAUCCCGGAACAAGAAUAAUUAUCACCACUAGGAACACAAGUGUACUGGAGGAGAUGAAUUCUGACUAUGCAUUCCAAAUUCUGGCUUAUGAAAUGAACCAGAUGAAUGGUGACUGUGCACUCCAACUUUUCGUUAGGCAUGCGUUUCUUGAAGGCUCUCUGACAAAGGACUUUGACAGCCUCUCAAGAGAAAUUGUCUCUACUACCGGGGGCCUUCCUUUGGCUCUUGAAGUUACAGGUUCAUUACUUCGUGGAAAGCCCAAAGUGAAAUGGGAGGAUACAUUAAAACAGUUAAAGAAAAUACCACAUAAAGAUGUACAAAAGAAGUUGAUGAUUAGCUAUGAGGCCUUACAAGAUCGUCAGCGCAAAAUUUUUCUCGAUGUCGCAUGCUUUUUGAUCAAUGCAGAUAUUACUAAUGCCAAUUACAUGUGGGAGGAUUGUGAAUUUUAUCCUAAUUCGGGAAUUGAUGUCCUUGUUGAAAUGUCCUUGAUAAAGAUAAAGGAUAACAAAAUUUGGAUGCAUGACCAACUGAGAGACCUGGGGCGGGAACUUGUUUGUUUAGAAAAUCUUACAAAUCUUGGGAAGCGGAGUAGGCUAUGGACUAGCGAGAAGGUCCUUGAUUUCAUAAAAACCAAAGAGAGGAAGAAAAUGGUUGAAGCACUUGAUCUACGGGGAAGGCCUUCUCAUAUCUUUAUUAGCAAAGAAGAAAUUGAAAGAUUUGAAAGUUUGAGGUUCCUGAGAUUAUCCAAUGGGUCCUUUCUAGGGGAUUUCACCGUUUAUCUACCAAAGUUGAGAUGGAUUUCUUGGUCUUCUCUUCCACCAGAUUGUAGUGUGGCUAAUAUGCAUGUAAAGAAUUUACUUGUCCUUGAACUUUUUGCCAAUGACUUCACAGAUGAUUCGAAAGUAUGGGACUUAAUUAAGAUGGCAACCAAACUUAAAAGUCUAGCUCUUGUAGAAUGUCGUCGCAUUACUAGAACUCCAGACCUGUCGAAAUGCCCGACUUUAGAGAGGUUAACUUUUGAUUAUUGUUGGAGGUUGAAGGAAAUCGAUAGCUCCAUUGGAAAGCUAAAAUACUUGCUUGACUUGAAUAUCACCCAUUGUGAGCGCCUGAAAGAUAUGCCUGAAGAUAUUGGAGGGCUAGUGAAGCUCGAGCGCUUCUCUUUGAAGAGCUGCUACUUUUUGUGCAGACUACCCACCUCUAUCGAAUUUCAAGCUUGCCGGAUUCCAUCGGAAAGCUACGGUGUUUGUCAAAUCUCAACCUACUAG